GUCGACAGCGGACAAUGCAGCCGGCGGGCGUAAUUGCCACAGUGGCAGCUCUGCUUGCAGGAAAUGGGACCUACUCGGUGCUGGAUUGCGUCUGCUGGCACAUCAACAAUGUUACUGACUCUGAACUCAGUGACGUUGAAGAUAUGUUGCAAUGGUUGUACUGUGAUGAUGAAGCUUGGUCACCGGGGAUCGCAAAGUGCGACAGCCUGGAGCAGCCGUCCCCCGCGUGGUCAGCUGCGCAGCGCCUGGCAGACCGCCUCAGGGACUCCGGACUGCCGCCGCCGCCAGCAGGUGGAGCGGAGGAGGGAGGGGGGUGCGCCGGCGCCCUGGCGCAGCUCCGCCGCCUCUCGUGGCCCGAAUCCGCGGAUAUCCUCGAGGAGCUCGACUGCCGGAUCGCUGACGACUGUAUCGACUCCCGCUGUGUACCGAGGUUGAACAACAUGGAAUGGAACAUGACAACACUGCAAACGGAUGAUCUGAGGCAUCAUAUCCUGUCCCAGUCAGCGCAUGCUGUUCGGCGCAUCGAAAGAGCCACGGUCGGCAGGGUGAAUUGUGAGUGGUGGCGUCAGGUUUGGUUUCAGUGGAGGGAUAAACCUGAACUGCAGGCCGAGGCGGCUGUUUUCCGGGAACGCCUCUCCAGCUACUGGCGGGACUUGGUGCAGCUGCUCUCACACGGUGCGACGCACUUCUCACAGCUGUUGGUUCCCCUCGCAUUCGAACGAAUGGGUAACCACGCAAGUGAUCAGCAACUCCACGGUUGGAUUAAGGACAUGAAACGUGUGAAAGACAUGCUGCGCACGAAAUUAACCGGAUGGGUACAGGACUUGAAAUUCGCCAACAAACAGGUGGAGCACUACGAGGUGGAAGAAGACAAGGACAGGCCAGGGCACUUGAUACUCAGGCGGCCGCUGUUGAGUGAACGCCUGCUGCGCUAUCAGCCGUGGAGCCCUUGCUUUGACGACGACUUCAGUGCGCUGUGCAAGGAGCGGCAGCCAGAGGCGUCGCAAAUGUUCAGUCUGGCUGACGAUCUGUACGCCCUCCAUCGUGUCUACUGGGUCACUGCAGCUGAGUACAUCGAUUCAUUCUACAAAGAUGGCUUCAAGGUUGUAGACGAGGAGUGGCAGCUGGAGGACAGAAGCCACGAUACGCUCUCCGUGAAGACUGACUGCGUGCAGCUGUUGGUGAACGCCCUGGACCACCCCACGUGUCCGCUGGAAGACCUGCCACUGGAAGCCGUGAAGCAGCGCGAGCGGUGCCGCGAGCAGCUGUGGGACGACGUGGUGCAGAGGUCGCCCCACAUACCCGUCACCAGCUACCUGGCCUACACGCAGAGGAUAAACGUCAACCUCUGUCUGCUGGCCUGGAUGGCGGUCAACUCGUACGGCAUUUGUCAGGACGUCCCGUUUAUGGAACCAGAGGGAGGCAGGUGCCAGGUGCAGCCCGCCAGGCCGCAGGCGGGCGCCGGCAGCUCAACAGAUUCUGUAAAACCAUUUGACUGA